AUAGAUGGUAAAUCUAUACCACCACUCAAAACCUCAAACAAUCCUCUCUUUAUUUUCUCUCAACCAAACCAUGGCACAAACUCUGUCAAUACCCAAGUACACAAUUCUUACAUUUUGUCUAUUCACAAUUCUCAUUCAAACACAAUCCCAUCAGUUUUCAAAAAAGUUGUCACUAAAUACACUUGGUUCCAAAAAAGAAAAGCUAAGCCACCUUCACUUUUAUUUCCAUGACAUAGUAGGAGGUGACUAUCCUACCGCGGUUCGGGUAGCUGAAGCUACAAUAACAAACACCUCCCGAACCGGGUUUGGUGCUACUGUCAUGAUAGACGACCCAUUGACCGUUGGUCCAGAACGAACCUCCAAGAUUGUUGGAAGAGCUCAAGGGAUAUAUGCAUCCGCUUGUUUGAGUGACACUCGAUUACUAAUGGCUCUAAAUUAUGUAUUUGUUGAAGGAAAAUAUAAUGGUAGUACUUUGAGUAUCUUAGGGACUAAUCAUGUGUUUUCGCCGGUUAGGGAGAUGCCGAUCGUUGGUGGAAGUGGAUUAUUCCGAUUUGCUCGUGGUUAUGCACUUGCAAAGACUAUUUUUUUAAAUUUUAGCAAUGGUGAUGCUGUUGUUGAGUACAAUGUUUAUGUCCUACAUUAUUGAUUGUGUUGGAUUCUAGUGGCAAAGUGGGAAUGUAUGGUUUUUGGUGUGUUUAAUUUGCUGUGAGUUAUUGAAACCAUAUGUUUUUAUUUGUGUUUUUGUAGAAAAAGCAAUACACUUGUCGGAAAGGAACAGUUGUGAUGCUACAUGUAAGCUUUUUCAUUGAUUUAUUAGAUUCGAAAACUUUAAUAAAUGGAAUAAUAAAUUAACAUAUUUUGUGAA